GGCGCCCGGCAUCGCACGCUCCCCUCGCGCACCGGGCACUGCGGGGCUAAACGAAGCGGAGCCCCAAACCCCCCAGACCCACCCGAGCGCCGAGAUGCGCACACACCCCAGUCUUCUCGUGCUCGACGCAAAAGGGAAAGGGGCUAGUUUUAUUUACCUACGUGUGAGGGUGAGAAGGGAGGCGUGGAGAUUAGGGGGACCGGUGAGGAGUUGUUGUGAUUCUCAAAAACACCUCAUAAUCUGAAAUCCUUAAAUUGGGGAAGAAAAGGACACUGCCCUUUGCAUUGUCUGCAGAGUUAAGAUCUCUUAAUCCAUACGCAUAAGAUUAAAGCAAAAGACAAUUGCUCAUUCAUUGCACGCGCGUCAGUAUGAGGUGCUGGAAGAGAUCGGGAAUAAUUUAAUCGUCCAGACCAAGAGCCCUAAGGAGAUGGCUUCAUCCUCUCCCUCCCUCAGGCGUUCUGGAACCUUUCGCUGGAAACCGGCGAGUCAGGCUGGGAGGAGGUGGGGGCGGGAGUCCUUCCGCCCUUCUUAGGAGGGGCUGCAUUGCAGGGGGAGCUGAGCACACUGCCUCAGUCGUUGAGGAGCGAGAGGCAGAAGACAAAGCCAUCAGAGCCCCACCAGCCUCCUUUUUCUCCAGCCCAGAGCAGAUCCCGGAGCCCCAGAGGCACUUCCUCCACCUUUGGAACACGCUAGUAAUUCCUUGAUAACAGGAAGCUAUGAGGGACCCUGUGAGUAGCCAGUACAGCUCCUUUCUUUUCUGGAGGAUGCCCAUCCCAGAACCGGAUCUGUCGGAGCUGGAAGGCCUGGGUCUGUCAGAUACAGCCACCUACAAGAUCAAGAGCAACAGUGAUGGCAAAAUGACGGGACAAGCAACCAGAGCAGAGCAGGAGAAAACCCCUGAAGGCGAUGCCCUCCUUGAGUAUAGCACCUUCAACUUCUGGAGAGCUCCCAUUGCCAGCAUCCACUCCUUUGAGUUGGACUUGCUCUAAGGCCAAGACUCGUCUCUGCCACCACCUUGCCCUUAUCGUCUUCCCUUCCAGCUCCUUCCUUUCCACACCUUUCUCCUUUUAAUCUUGCUCUCUCCCCGCCCUUGUGUUCAGGUGGUGCUGAUGAAUCUGUCAGAGUUGUAUUUAUUUAUUUAUCUAUUUAUCUUCCUUCUCCAUUUCUCUCAAAAGCCCUCAAGCCACAAAGUAAAGGAUUGAAGCAAUGGA